AUGCUUUCAAAGCUCACGAAGCCAUUACUGUCUUCUUCGAAAUGUUUUCUCUUCUUCUUCAUCGUUGUUUUGUUUUGGUGCAGCCAAUCCAUUAAAGCACAGAAUGCUGCCACGGAUCCUUCCGAGGUGAAGGCAUUGAACUCAAUCUUCCGACAAUGGGAUACACAAGCUGGGAAUACAUGGAAUCACAGUGGAGAGCCAUGCAAUGGAGUUGCUCUCAACCAAAAUGACUCAGUGUUUGAGGAUCCUUCCAAUAACCCUACUAUUAGACGUGAUUGUUCUUUCAACACCAACACUCUUUGCCACAUUACUCGACUGAAGGUAGUUGAUCUAAAUAGACGAGGAGAGAUACCAAAGGAGCUUUUGGAUUUGACAUUUCUGAAUUACUUAAAAAUUGAUCAAAACUUCUUCUCUGGUCAUUUGCCAGCAUUCGUUGGAAAUAUGUUGAGACUAGAGUUUCUGUCCAUUGCAUUCAACGAUUUCUCAGGAAGCAUUCCAAAGGAGCUUGGAAAUCUUAAGGAGCUACGUAUGCUGUCUUUGGGUAAUAAUAAUUUCUCUGGAACACUGCCUCCAGAACUUGGUAAUUUAACCAAACUUGAAGAUCUAUACAUCAAUAGGUGCAAACUGGGUGGUGACAUUCCCUCAACAUUUGCUAAUCUUAUCGAACUGCGAACUGUGUGGAUAUCUAAAAAUGGUUUCUCAGGCAAAAUACCAGACUUUAUUGGCAAUAACUGGACAAAGCUUAUAGAAUUGAAUCUCCAAGGGAACUCUUUUGAAGGACCAAUACCAUCCAGUUUUGCGAACUUAACCUCACUGGCUACUCUGAAAAUUGACGGUAUAUACAACGGGAGUUCUCUUGGUUUCUUAAGAAAUCUAAAGAACCUGCAUGACUUGGAUUUGAGUUUCAACAACUUAACAUGCACAAUUCCAAGUGAAAUGUUUACGAUGGAUUCUGUCAAAUACUUGUUUCUUGGAAAUAAUAGUCUCGCAGGUGCCAUUCCCAACCAACCAACUACUCUUCAUACCAUAGAUUUAUCAUACAAUUUACUGUCAGGAGACUUGCCUUAUUGGGCAGACAAGAUCCCACAACUGAACUUGGUCGGCAACAACUUCACACUUAAUAACUCAAACAUAAGGCUUUUACCAGGAUCAGAAUGUCUUAAAAGACGGUUACCAUGCAAUAGAAAUGCUCCACGAUAUGCAAAGUUCUCAAUCAAGUGUGGUGGCCAACAGACGAUUUCUGAUGGGAUAUUAUUCGAAGCUGAUAACAAAUUUCUUGGCGCAGCAACAUAUGAUGUAACUAGCACACGGAAAUGGGAAGUUAGCAAUAUAGGCGAGUUUGCAGAACAACAAAAUCAGAAUCAGACUUCAAGACUAUUCCCUGGAUCACUCAGAUACUAUGGCCUAGGCCUUGACAAUGGAGACUAUACUGUAAACUUGUCUUUUGCAGAAAUAGGAUUCCCAAAUGAAGCUUCUAAAUCCCGGAGUGGAGCAAGGCGUGUUUUUGAUGUUUAUAUUCAGGGAACCCGGCGAUUGAGGGGUUUCGAUAUAUCUAAGGAGGAAGGUACUGUUGAGAAAGCAAUAACUAAGAGCUUCACAGCUAAAGUAACAGGGAACCAUCUUGAAAUUCAGGUACUUUGGGCUGGUAACGGGACUUCUACCUUUCAAGAAGAGGGUAUUUACGGUCCAUCCGUUUCAGCUAUUAGUGUUGUUCCAAACGCAUGGACUGUAGGUAAGAUACCGCCUAAAGAGAAGAAAUGGACAACAUUGAUUGCUGUUAUUACAGUUUCUGUUGUGGUAUUGGCUUUGAUACUUAUAUGUACUAUUAUUUACAUGAGGAGCAAAAGAGAUGAUGAGUAUCAAUGGAGUUUUCAAAGUUCAAGAGUUCUCAAAGUAAAAUCUAGUCAUUUGCAUUUCAUUGCUCCAACUUACAGCCUACUAAUUGCCUUACUUGACUCUGCAGCGCCUCUUGAUAUUGGCACCAGACCGAGCACAUUUAGUUAUUCCAAGUUAAAAGCCGCCACCGAAGACUUCAAUCCUUCAAACAAAUUAGGAGAAGGGGGUUUUGGAGCUGUCUACAGGGGUACAUUUUCAGAUGGGAGGGUGAUAGCUGUGAAACAACUUGCAAUCUCAUCUAAGCAAGGAAAGAGUCAAUUUACUGCUGAGAUAUCUACCAUAUCAGCAGUGCAGCAUCGCAAUCUUGUCAAGCUACAUGGAUACUGCAUCAAAGGGAAACGGCAUCUUCUCGUUUACGAGUAUCUCGAAAACAAAAGCCUCGAUCAAACACUAUUUGGACUCAGCGACUUGCAUCUUGAUUGGCCAACACGCUUCAACAUCUGCUUAGAAACUUCAAGAGGAUUAGCUUAUCUUCAUGAGGAGUCUAGGCCGAGGAUUGUACACAGAGAUAUUAAGGCAAGUAAUAUUCUACUUGAUGCAGAAUUGUGCCCCAAAAUAUCGGAUUUCGGAUUAGCAAAGCUAUAUGAUGACACAAAAACGCACGUCAGCACUCGGGUUGCUGGAACUAUUGGCUACUUGGCACCGGAGUACGCAUUGCGUGGGCAUCUCACUGAGAAAGCUGAUGUUUUUAGCUUUGGUAUUGUUGCCUUGGAGAUUCUCAGUGGUAGACCCAACUCUGAUAACAGCUUAGAGGAUCAUAAAAUAUAUCUUCUUGAAUGGGCAUGGACUCUACAUGAAAAGAAUCGAAGUCUAGAUCUAGUUGAUCCAAAUUUAGCAGAGUUCGAUGAAAAUGAAGCUCUCCGAGUGGUCAUGGUGGCACUUUUGUGCACUCAGGGAUCACCGUCGAUGCGGCCACCCAUGUCCCGUGUAGUGUCUAUGCUUGCUGGAGAUAUUGAAGUGAGCGGUGUUAUAACUAGACCAAGUUAUCUUACUGACUGGAGUUUUAAAGAUUUAACAGGCGAGAAUGAGAUUGUCUCCGAAUAUGCCGUGGGCCAAGAGGAAACACCGAUUCUAUUUCCAGUAAAUGUCAAUGAUUUCAGUGACAUUACUGCUGGAAGGACAAUGGUUCACGGAAGAGAGGCUAGAACAUUGGCUGAUCCAGAACUCGGCAACAAUACUCGGCCAUAA